AUGGAUAAAUACCGACCCAAGAGACCCACCACCCUGGCUCUAUUCCCACAGCGAGCCCAGCCGCGGUCCCAGGACACCAUCAACAAUAACUCUCUGGAAAAGAAGGACAGCUGGAAGGAUUCCCGCUCUUCCUCGCCUCACAUUACUGGCGAUUCAACCCCAUCAGGUGCCCAGCAGAAAGGAGAGGACAAAGUCCAACUAAAGACCAAGCGUCCAGCCCCUAAACCACCAACAGCCAAGGGAGCAGGAGGCAAAACCAACACACACUCUCAUGCCGCCGCCACCACAGACACACACACGCGACCAAGGGAAAAACAGAUGAUGGGUACUGCACCCACGCACUCCACUCGCGGGAUGCGGUUCCAGCGGCGAGGGGGCGGGAGAGGAGGCGGUGCCACUGGGAGAGAGGCGGUGGCGAUGAGGGAGAAAACCAUGGGGGAAAGCCGGGGGAGGGAUGGAGGGGUGGGGGUGAAGGAAGAGAGAAGGGGAGGCAGGCUGUGUGAGGAGUCCAGCGGGAAGGAGCGAGAGAGAGGCAGGAAUCAGAAGUAUCGAGAAACAAACGGACCAAAAUCCCGUGGGGAUAUGGGGAAAGGAAAGGUGGGUGCUAGAGGGGGCAGCAGGGGAGGCCGAGAUAAGCCGAAUGCCCCCCUCCAGAACCCGAACAUUUAUUUGACUGCCAUGGUGGUCCCACGCACACCUGUAGUGCCCAAAAAGCAGGAGAGGACUCAAGACCAAGAUCAAAACAAUGACAGGACCCAGAAUUGUCCGCCAAUGUCCCAGUCCAGCAGUGAAGGGGGAUCCAACAGAAUGUCACUCAGUUCAGACACAGAGGGUCCUCCACCUGGACCCCUGCACCCCUCCUUUUCUAACAAGACCAACCCUGACAUCAGUGAGGAAGAGGGGGAGGGGGAUCCAACUCCCGCCAUGAACAGCCAGAAAGCUACGGCCCACUGCCUUGAAGCCAAUGACAACAGCAAGACAUGCUGCACUGGGUCAGAUGGGAGACAGGUCGAUUCAAGAGGAGGAGGAGGAAAAGGAGGACCAGAUGAGGAUAAUAAAUCUGAGGUGCACUGCGCCAACUCUGUCCCAAAGGGAGGUUCUCUGGCCACUUUCACGGCACCAACCAGUGAAGCUGCAGCGGGAUUUAAUUACGACUCUCUUAAAUACACUCUGGUGGUUGAUGAACAUUAUGAGUUGGAGCUGGUCAAACUCAAGGACUGUUACCACAACUACAACAAGCGGGAUGACGACAGUGAUACAGAGACUGUCUACCAGUCAGCCAAUGAGGAGGAAGAUCCAGAGUAUGAAGAGGAUAUGAAGAUGAGAGAUGAGGAAAUGAGGCAAGGUAAAAGGAAAGACGCAUUUUUUGCAGUCAGCAAUCUGACCCUUCCUUGUUUCCUGCCCCAAGAGAGGAGAAGAGCAGAGGAGAAGAGGAAGAGAGAGGAGGCAGCCAGAUUCUACAGGAGGCCCAAGGUGAUGUCCACAACCACCUCAGAGGAAGAGGAGUCCAACAGAGGACGGGGUGGCGCUCCAAGAACCAGAAAGUUCCUCAACCUGUUUGUCAACAACAGCAGCCAAUACAGUUCCACCGGUGCAGAUUUAUUUGGUCUGUUCUCCUGUGUUCUGGAUGGAGUGGAGAGACAGCAGAGCCACAGAGCUGUGUACAGGUUUGUCCCUCGUCAUGCUGAUGAGCUGUACCUAGAGACAGAUGACCCAGUGUUGAUGCUCGCCCAGUCUGAAGACCUGUGGUGUCAAGGUUACAACAUGAGGACGGGAGCUACCGGAAUUUUCCCUGCUUUCUAUGCCGUCAGAGUUACCAAGGAAACCAGCAAAGCUCAGAAAGAUGGCUGGAUAGAUCGGUUCUUGGUGCGUUUCAUGGGUUCGGUGCAGGUUCCGUCACAUAAGGGAAAUGAUGUGCUUUGUGCUGCUAUGCAAAAGGUAGCGUGUAACAGACGAUUAGCUAUGCAGCCUCCCUCAGCCUGUGUCCUAGAGGUCAGUGUGAAAGGAUUGAAGAUCAGUGUCCAUGACCAGUGCAAUUCUGCUGCCAGGGGUGAUCAGUGUUUUAAUUUCUUCCAACUGAAGAACAUCUCCUUCUGUGGCUGUCAUCCUAAAUAUAACAAAUAUUUUGGUUUUAUCACUAAGCACCCUGACCAGCAGCGCUUCGCUUGUCAUGUGAUGAUGUCAGAUGCUACAUUAUUGCCUUUGGCUGAGUCUGUAGGGAGGGCAUUCCAGCAGUACUACAAGGAACAUGUCGGCUACUCCUGCCCCACAGAAGACAUCUUCAUUGAAUAG